GUUCGAGUAUGGAGCUCAAAACAGCUGAAGGUGACUGUUGUGGAGGAUGAGGAGAAGCUGCAGGAGCUAGAACAUUUCAGUGUCUGGGGUCUGGUGCAGUACCUAAUGCAUGAGCAGACCAAUGAAACCACCCUCAGCAUCAGCCUGUUCAGCCCGAAGACCUGCUUCAAGAUCAAACCCGUCGACCCUGCAGCAAUAUACACUGUAAAGCCCACACGAAGUAAGUAAAGGAAAAUGUAAAAAUAUAUAUACAUACACAUAUACACACAUACACACACACACAUACAUACAUACAUACAUAUACACAUACAUAUCCUUAAAAAAAAAAUAUAUAUAUAUAUAUCCCCUUUAUUACUUUCCAACCCUGCCACCCUUUCCCCACUUGGAGUAAACUAGUGAACAACAACGCCUAGGCCUCUACUUCCAGCCCAUACCCACUAUCUACAUUUUAUGGACACAGUCAAUUUUACAGUAAUUACAUUUUGUUUGUUCUUUCUCCUGAACUUCCUUUGUUAGUUACAUGCCUAUUACCCAUUCAUUUUUAUGUGGAAUCUUUGCUGUCUGUGCUUCAGACAGUAUGGCGAACGGAGGGGAUGGCUGCCGUUUUACGGGCUCCUAAUCAAUUGUGCUAUUUUGUGUUUUUUCACAUUGUUUGUUGUAACUUAUUUUGUACAUAAUGUUGACGCUACCGUCUCUUAUGACCGAAAAGAGCUUCUGGAUAUCAGAACAGCGACUACUCACCUCGAACUGGACUAAGAUUUUUUUAUUUAAUGAGUGCUGUGAAGGAUAUAAUGUUGCUCCGAGACAAGGCCCAAAUCCCCGUCAUUCGCAUGAAGAAAACAAGGAAAUACAGGGGGGUGGAGAGCAGGGUGCCUUGUGAGAAUUCGUCAGCGAGUGGGUAACAGCCUCUACCAUUCUUUCUAUUGGCCAACGUGCAUUCACUGGAGAACAAACUGGAUGAGCUCCGUUCGAGACUAUCCUAACAAUGGGACAUUAAAAAAUGGUAAUGUCUUAUGUUUCACCGAGUCGUGGCUGUACGAUGACACGGAUAAUAUACAGUUGGGAGGGUUUUCUGUGCAUCGGCAGGACAGAACAGCUACGUCCGGUAAGACGAGGGGUGGGGGUGUGUCUAUUUAUCAAUAACAGCUGGUGCGCGAUGUCUAAUAUUAAGAUAGUCUCGAGGUUGCUCAUGAUAAGCUGUAGACCACACUAUCUACCAAGAGAGUAUAUCUAUAUUUUUCGUAGCCAUCUAUUUACCACCACAAACUGACGCUGGCACUAAGACCGCACUCAACAAGCUGUAUAAGGCCAUAAGCAAACAAGAAAAUGCUCAUCCAGAAGUGGCGCACCUAGUGGCCGGGGACUUUAAUGCAGGCAAACUUAAAUCCGUUUGACCUAAUUUCUACCAGCAUGUCACAUGUGCAACCAGAGGAGAGAGAAAAACAAGACCACCUUUACUCCACACACUGAGACGUGUACAAAGCUCUCCCUCGCCCUCCAUUUGGAAAAUCUGACUAUAAUUUUAUCCUUCUGAUUCCUGCUUACAAGCAAAAACUAAAGCAGGAAGUACCAGUGACUCGCUCAAUAUGGAAGUGGUCAGAUGACGCGGAUGCUACGCUACAGGACUGUUUUGCUAGCACAGUCUGGAAUAUGUUCCGGGAUUCAUCCAAUGGCAUUGAGGAGUAUACCACCUCAGUCACCGGCUUCAUCAAUAAGUACAUCGACGACGUUCUCCCCACAGUGACUGUACGUACAUAUCCCAACCAGAAGCCAUGGAUUACAGGCAACAUCCCACCAAGCUUUUAUUUAUUUUAUUAUUAUUUAACUAGGCAAGUCGGUUAAGAACAAAUUCUUAUUUACAAUGACGGCCUACCAAAAGGCCUCCUGCGGGGACGGGGCCUGGGAUAAAAAAUAUAGGACAAAACACGCAUCACGACAAGAGAGACACCUCAACACUACCUAAAGAGACCUAAGACAACAACAUAGCAUGGCAGCAACACAUGACAACACAGCAUGGUAGCAACACAACAUGGUAGCAGCACAAAACAUGGUACAAACGUUAUUGGGCACAGACAACAGCACAAAGGCAAGAAGGUAGACACAACUGUCAGUAAGAGUGUCUUGAGUCUUUGAAUGAAGAGAUGGCUAGAGCUAAAGGCUAGAGCUGCUGCUUUCAAGGAGCGGGACACUAAUCCGGACAUCUAUAAGAAAUUCUGCUAUGCACUCAGACGAACCAUCAAACAGGCAAAGCGUCAAUACAGGACUAAGAUGGAAUCCUACUACAUCGGCUCUGACACUUGUCGGAUGUGGCAGGGCUUGCAAACUAUUAUGGACUACAAAGGGAAACCCAGCCGCGAACUGCACAGUGACGCGAGCCUACCAGACGGGCUAAAUGCCUUUUAUGCUCGCUUCGAGGCAAGCAACACUGAAGCAUGCAUGAGAGCACCAGCUAUUCCGGAUGAUUGUGUGAUCACGCUCUCCGUAGCCGAUGUGAGCAAGACCUUUAAACAGGUCAACAUUCACAAGGCCGUGGGGCAAGGUGGAUUACCAGGACGUGUACUCAGAGCAUGCGCGGACAAUCUGGCAAGUGUCUUCACUGACAUUUUCAAUCUCUCCCUGACCGAGUCUGUAAUACCUACAUGUUCCAAGCAGACCACCAUAAUCCCUGUGCCCAAGAAAAUGAAGGUCACCUGCCUAAAGGACUACCGCCCCGUAGCACUCACGUCGGUAGCCAUGAAGUGCUUUGAAAGGCUGGUCGUGGCUCACAUCUACACCAUCAUCCCAGAAACCCUAGACCCACUCCAAUUAGCAUACCGCCCCAAGAAAUCCACAGAUGACGCAAUCUCAAUUGCACUCCACACUGCCCUAUCCCACCUGGACAAAAGGAACACCUAUGUGAGAACCCCCGCACAUUGACUCGGUACCGGUACCCCCUGUAUAUAGCCUCAUUAUUGUUGUUUUAUUGUAACCUUUUUUUAUUUUACUUUAGUUUAUUUAGUCAAUAUUUUCUUAACCAACAAUGCAGUUUUAAGAAAAUAGGGUUAAGGGCUUGUAAGUAAGCAUUUCAAGGUAAGGUCCCUCCUUUUACGCUGCUGCUACUCUCUGUUCAUAAUCUAUGCAUAGUCACUUUAAUAACUCUACCUACAUGUACAUAUUACCUAAAUUACCUCGACUAACUGGUGCCCCCGCACAUUGACUCUGUGCCGGUACCCCCUGUAUAUAGUCUCGCUAUAGUUAUUUUACUAUUGUUAUUUUACUGCUGCUCUUUAAUUAUUAGUAACUAUUUUUUUUUUUUUAGGGUAUUCUUUCUUAAAACUACAUUGUUGGUUAAGGGCUUGUAAGUAAGCAUUUCACAGUAAGGUCUACACCUGUUGUAUUCGGUGCAUGUGACAAAUAAAAUUUGAUUUGAUUUCACUCCCACAGAGUUUGACAUUUUCCUGUUUGUGACAUUUCUGGCUGGAGUGCUGUUGUUCAUCUUUGCAGACUCACUCAGCAGGUAACUAAAUUGAUUGUGUUCACAUUUUACCCUCUCUAUUUAAAUGACAUGGUCCAGAUAAUAUCACCCAUGUUUUUUUGUUGCUAUCUAACAGGAGUCAGGUAUUCUAUUACUCUGCUGGCAUGAGCACAGGUAUGAUUGCCUCCCUCAUCAUCCUCAUCUUCAUCAUGGCACGCUUUUUGCCCAAGGUAAGAAGUCAACACUUCUAUAUCAAGGCCUCAUAGCUAAUCACACCCACUACUAACAGUUUGAUUUGAACAAAGCAAUAACAAGUCAUUGUACCCUGAUAGUUAAUGUUUUGGUGACCUUUCUGAUUUCUAUAAUGUGUGUGUGAGAGUCAUACAAAUAUGUUUAGAUUUCACACCCCAUAUCUUCAUUUUCUUUUCUCAGAAAAGCCCAUUUUAUGUGGUGAUAGUUGGUGGCUGGUCCUUCUCUGUUUACGUCAUCCAGCUUGUGUUCAGGAACCUGCAGCUGAUUCUGAGAGAGCACUGGCACGUGGCUUUUGGUAAAUAUUGAUUGUAAUAAACACUAUCACAACAAACUCUGGGAACUACAUUGUCAAACUUUUAAUAUCUGUUAUUAGUUCACAACCAUUGCUCCAUGUUUGUAAUAUGAACAGUUACAUUAACUGUUUGUCUGUGUACCUUAGGUUAUGCUGCAGUGGUCGGGUUUAUCAGUUUUGCUGUGUGCUAUCGUCAUGGCCCUCUUGUGGAGGAGAGGAGUAUCAAUAUCCUGUCCUGGACGCUGCAGUUGUUUGGCCUGCUGCUGAUCUACGCUGGGAUCCAGGUUCAGCAAGUGGCGUUGGCCACCAUCGUUGCUGCAUUCUGCUCUAAGAACCUGGAGUACCCUGUUUCAUUGCUCCUUCUUGCUUGGCAGUAGGUGUUAAUUUGUAGUACCACUCUCAAGGAAACGUGAACAUUUCUGUAUUGGUGUCAAGUGACAUGUUGUCUGCUGUUGUAAUAGUGUACAAACAUAUUGUGCAGUAAAGUCAAGCCAACUCUACGCUGGAAGCCAGAGCCUCGUCGGCUGCUGACUGAAGAAGAGUUCCAGAAACAGGGGGAGGAGGAGACACAACGUGCCCUGGAGGAGCUCAGAAAGCACUGCAGCAGUCCAGACUUCAGCACCUGGAAGACAGUCUCUCGACUUCAGUCCCCAAAAAGGUGACAAGACAGUUGCAUUGAAAUACCCACUAAUGAUGUUCAUUCUGCUUUUAAUUAUCUGGUAUCAAACCUUGGUUGUCUGUACUAUAAACAAAGUCAAAUGUACGUACAUUGGCUACUGCUGGAUCGAAAAGCUAGCUUCUGUUCUGGGGGUGGCGGUUGUCUUUUUAGGUUAAGUAGUCACAACUGUGUCUCUUUCCCAUUCAUUGUUUUAACUAAAGGUAUGGUCAGUGUGGUACUGAGGCUUGGAAUAAAGAUAUAAUGCUCUGUCUGAUUCACAGGUUUGCAGAUUUUGUGGAGGGCUCACCUCACCUGAUAUCAAAUGAGGUUUCUGUGCACGCGCAGGAAUAUGGAUCCUUCUUUGAGGAUGAUUUCUUUGACACGGAUGAGGACAAUGAUGAGGAGAAUAUGGUCAACGGCUUGAAAAAAGGAGACCUUGGAUGGAAUGACAGAGACUUGUGA